AUGGUGACUUGGAUUGAGGCUGCGGACGCCGCCGUUAAGGCGGCUAAGGAGAAGGCGGAAGAUGUACAUGGGAGGUUGGAUCAUAAUAAAAACGAUGCUUCAGGGACCGUGAUUGGUCAGGGGAUUGGUAAAAUUGAGGAAGCUAAAGACAAAGUUAAGCAAGUUGACAAAAAGCUCAGUCAGCAUAUUGAUGAGUUGGGAACAUGGAAAUCUGCGGCGCACAGUGUCCUUUCCACAGCGGUUGAAAAGGCAGAAGAGGUGCAUGGCAAGUUGGAUCCUAAUCAGAAAGAUGACAAGCAUCCUAUUGGUCACAACAUCGAGAAGAUUCACACCGCCAAAACUGAACUCGACAGGGCAAAUUCACAACUUAAAACACAAGUUGCGAGUCUGCAUUCUUGGAUCUCCACCGCGGAGGGAUCCGCCAAAAGGCCCAGCAGAAAGCGGAGGAGGCUUAUAAAAAUUGUGGAUGCCAAUGAGCGAAUUAAGAAUGUCAAUAAUAGUCUGAAUGGUGUCCACGGCAAUUUGGGAGCGUGGAAUCAGCAGGCCAGAACAGUGCUUGCCGGGGCGAUUACAAAUGCCCAGCAUGUUCAUGAUCAUCUUGUAGAUAGUGACAUAAACAAGCCGCUUGGCGCACAAAUUAAGAACAUCAACGAUGCUAAUACGUUAAUUAAGAAUGCAAAUGACUUACUUAAAACUGAUGUUGCCAAUUUAGGUAAGUGGAAUAAGACCGCCAGGGAAGUUAUUACAAAUGCGGAAAAGAAGUGUGAUUUAAUAUUGGGGAAAGUUAAAACAGAUAAAAGUGGUCAAAAAGGUCCGAUUUAUAUGCAAGCUGAAAAGUUACAAAAGGAUGGUAACAGACUAUUAAAGGCUGCGACUGCGGCCAAGGAGGAAGUUGGGAAUUUGGUCACCGAUGCGUUGGAGGCUGUUGUGAAGAUGGACGGAGAUCUCAAGAGGGAUUUGAAGGAGGUGAAAGAGAAGAUUAAAAGUGGGAUAAAUCAGGUGAUUACGAGUCUGGGAGUUAAGGAAUUGGAUGCGAAAGUGAAAGAUGAUUUGGGGACGUUGAGGCAGAAGAUUGAGGGGCUUAAAAAUAAUAUGGACGAUGAUUCCAAACCUAAUGAGCUUGUUAAACAGGCGUUGGAAAACCUUGCAGAAGAGAAGCAAACUCUUGAAAAAGUUACCCAUAAGGACACCGGCUCAAUUAAGAGGGAAAUGGAUAAGCUUGACAACAAUUUUAAGACUGCGAUCCAAAAUCCGCUUGACACAAAAGUCAAAGAAGUUGAAACGGCGAUUGGGACGCUAGGCGGGAAGUUUAGUCUAAACGGUGAUAAGAUGCUUGAAAAGAUUUUCGGGCAUGUUAAAGGGGAAGUUGGUAAAAUUAAGGGGAAGCCGGGACAAAAAGGUAGUUGGGAGAAUAAUGGUGGUCAAGGUCUGGACGGGAUUCAGAGCAAGGUGCAGAGUUACGCCAAUGCGUUCAGCGGGGAUGACGGGGGAAAGUUUAAUAUUAUAGUUAAGGGCUGGAUUGAAGAGACCAUUUUGAAGCAUAACGGCGCGGUGAGGAAGAUGCUUGAUAAGAAAUUUGCGUAUGAUGAGAGUGAGAAAGAUGUAUUCACCAACGUCGCAGAUGCUUUUAAGGAACAGCUAAAGAGCGAAUCAACUGAAGCCGGUAUAAAGGUUGUACACGGAAACAAUGGCGCGAGCGGCAACUCCCAAAAGAUUCAAGGAUACGUCAAUGCUGUGAAGGACGGUUGCGAUGCGUUUGCUCAAAAGCUGGAUGACAAGCUGCGUAAUGGGAAUGGGUUCAGUGGAAUAUUCGACGCGGUCAAGCAGCAGUUGAAGGAUAAUCAUUUUAGCGCCAAACAAUGCAUCUGCGAGAGCGUAGGCUGCACAAACUGUAACGGCCAAGGGAGUGUCCAUAAGCAGGACUGCAAGGAAAAGGCUUUCAUCGCUGCCAUCCUCUGCACACUCACCGCUGUGUCCCGGCAGGUGGGCAACGAACUGAAGUCUGUACUGCUCGAUCCACCAAACGGAAACAACAUUGCAUCCAUCCUGGACAAGAUCACACCCAUUGCAGCGAUGCUUAGCACUCAGCUUACCCAGGCGACUGAGAGAUCCGGCCAAUCAAAUAAUGAAAGCCCCGCCCAAGCCGUGGACAGUAGGUUGGGGGAAGUGAGGGAUUUCGUGAAUGGGAAAAAUGGUGAUAACCUUAACAAGAUAUUCAAGGAGAACGUGAUAAAUACACUCACUGAAAAGGUUAGGCAACUUCCCGGCGCCGUUGGAGCUUUCGACCAAGAAGCUCAGAAUCAGAUCAAGGCUGCCGCCAAGACGGCGAUUGAGAGGGCGGCUGGGGAGAUUAGUAAGGAUAAUGUUGAUGCAAGUAAAAUUGUGCUUGGCAAUGGUCUCAUGAAUGGUUUCCACACUCAGUUUACUACUAUUAAAGACAGUCUCGACAGUGAACUUAGGAAGCAAGUUGAUAAGCACAUUGGGGAGGAUGAUGGCCAGCCGGGCGGUAAAAUUACUGAGCUUAAAACUACAAUGUUUAAUAAUUACAAUAAUCACGUUGAACAAGAAAGCGUUAAGACCUUUGAGUCGUCCAAUAAUCCAGAAAGCCUAACUGGCCAACUCCCCGUUGCGAUCAACAGCAUUAGCAGUGAUGGUCUGCAAAAGCUCACUGAACUCAUCGAUGACAGUCCAAGUGGCGGUACAGACCCAAAGAAAAUCACCAAGCAGACAUUUGAAGAGCCUGUGAAGGCAAUAAAUAAGGAGCUUGAAGAGAUCAGGAAAUUGGUUGAGAAGGAGGGGACUCCCCAAGGGACUGAUGAAGGCGUCAAGGAUCUGUUGGCGAAGCUGAGUAAGGGGCUUGAAAAAGAGAAGUUGAGUGAUAAAGUUGAUAAAGGUUUAGAGGAGAUUAAAACAAAGAUUGAUGAGCUUCAUAAAAAUCAGUUUAAAAGUGGACCACAAGCAAUUGGGGGAGCCGUCUCGGCAAUUCAGGGGGAGCUUGCAAAGCUGAGGAAGGUGUUGCAAAACAUAACAGGCUACGAUGUUAUUGAGACAUUAAAAGAUUUGAAAGACAAGGGGCUUGCCAAUGAGGCGGGUUGGAGGAAAUUUAGUGAUAGAAAUACUCUCGCCGGUCUUGGGAGGAUCCAGGAGCGACUUAAAUAUCAGAAUGGUAUAUUGCCUGAUAAAACGCAAAUAAUCAGCGACGCUAUUGACAGGAUACAAUGGGAGCUUAAAUUGCUCGGAGUUAAAUUGGAUCACCCUGUGCGUUUCGAUGACGUCCUUGACAAUCUGAAGUGGUUGAAAAGAAAGAUUGGUAAGGACAAUCCCUUCAAGGGAAAUCUCCAACACAUUUAUAACCAGAUCAAUUUCCUGCAGAAUUGGGAAUUUCCUACGCAGUGGACAACUAUCCAUCGAGCCAACGAGGCAAUCAAGGAGGAACUCAAAGGGCAGAUGAGCACGCUGGGCAGUGAUGUCAUCACGAAGCUGACCAAUUUGAUGACCAAAGGGAUGAGUGAACAGGCAAGUUGGCAGGGAACUAAGGGCCUUGAAAAUAUCCAAAAUGACCUCCAACGUCAACAAGCUUUAUUGAACAAACAGCCCGGCGCAAUCGGCAGUGGCGUCGACCUGAUCACCACGGAGCUUGACGAUCUGAGGAGUGAGUUGCUGGGUGAGGAAGGCGAAAAUGCAGAAAAAAGAGGCGUGAUAAAGAAUAUGGAUUUCAUGAUAAAGCAGAUUGGAACAAUUGAUGACGAUAAGGAUAGCCUCAAGAAAAUCAAGAAAGAGAUUGAAGAGCUCAACAGGGAUACAGUCCCUGACAUCAACAAAUUCCUUGGUGAACUGUGCGCCAAGAUUGCGAGCGAAGCCGGCAGUGUCGACUGGCAGUUGGGGCUUUUCAAAGAAAAUAACAUCGACAAAGACCUCGCAAAAAUCAAGACACAAAUUGACACCCUACGCAUAGAUGACCUCCACAAGGCCAUCGAGGCGUGCGACCAGUUCCUCACCAACGCCGAUUACAUAAAAUGGGAGAAAGUAGAAAACAUUGAACGCUUCGUAGACAGUGAGAUUGAAAAGGCAAUCGCGGAGCUCAGCAAGCAGGCGCGGCGUGACUACGUGGAGUCCGCGAAGGACGCGCUGAAACACUUCGCCGCCAAGGUGGCCGAGGAGCUGGGGGAGCUGCCGGGGGAGAUCAACAGGGAUCUCUUUGCGGGCUUCAAGGGGCUCAUGAAGCAGAUGGAGGGUGAGCGCAGCGAAAACAUUAAUAGGCUAAGGAACGUGCAGAGCAGAAUGCUCCGAGCAUUGUCCUCCGCGUUCCAGAAUUUCUUCGCGCCGCUCGACGAGUACGUCAGCAGUGAGAUCCGGAGGGAGCACAGGGAGCGUGAGGGCGACAAAAGUCCCCUGCUCCCGCCGUCCGAGGAGCGCUACGCAACUAAGCUUAAUUACGUCUACACAGCGCUUAAUAACUUGCUCACCCACAUAACCGGUGCGCAACGCUACGGCCAUGAGGUCCGUGGUCUGCUUGACGCGCUUGACAAGGCACUCGCCGGCCUCAGGCCGGAGUGCUUCGCCAGGCCAAGCACGGCUGUGAUAGACGGCGUGACGGACGGGCUCAGUGCCUUCGCCGCCGAGCUGAGGAACGCGUACAUCAGUGCGUACUCCGGCGCCGCGCUCACCGGUGACUUAGUCAGCAGUGAGGCCGUGACUGCGGCCGAAGCCUCUGGGGGCCGGAAGGCCGUGAGCGAGAGAAGCGUCACCGUGUUGACGCCCUACGGCGAGAAUCUGUGUAAGGUCUUGCUCAGCAUAGUGCCGAUACUUGACAGUUCAUUCGCCGUGUUGAAACAUAACUGCAGGAGCCUCGCCGGACAGCGUCUCGACAAAUCCACGGACCUCGGCAGGCUCCUCGGCGAAAUGGGCUACAAUGUUCCAGACGGCGGCCAGCGCAGCGGCGAGUUGAACGGGCAUGUGACCGGUAAGGUAAUUGCCAUGCUCCUCGUCGGCGAUCACAGCCGCGUCUUCAACUCCGACAGAGACACCAAAACCGCGCUCGGAAUUCUCCUCGAGUGUCUCCACGAUUACUACAAGGCGUGCCACUACGCCACUUGCUCCGCCACCAGGUCGCCGUGCAACGUCUACGAGAUGCUCGUAUGGCUGACGGGCCUCCCGCACAACUGUGUCUACCAGAGGCUCCGCAAAUCCGCCAAGCUGUGCCACGACGAGCAGAUCAGGGAGAGUCCCUAUGCCUCCACUAUCCCCGCGGAGGCCCUAGUUGCCGCCCUUGACAGGCUCACCGCUGACUGUCCUUCACUGCUCACCAGGGUGCUCGGCUUCGGCGACGCUGCCACCACCUACGCCUGUGACAUCCACAGCAACGCCUUGGGACUGCACUACCCGCAGGACGGCGAGAACUGUCUGCAUCUGCUGCUGCACAUGCUACGUCGCUUGUUGCCAGCGCUCAGAUAUCUGUUCACUCAGUGCUCUCUCCCCGCUCACCACGGCGGCUGGGCGGAGUGCAGGUACGGCAAGGGUGUCCCACCAUACACGUGGCAGUGCGCUCCUCCACUCACCGCCCUGCCCAACCCUCACCCGGAGUGCUCCGAUAAAUCGCCCCUGAUGUCCUACCUCAAUGACUGCCUCCCCGGCCACCUGCCUCACCAGUUGGUCUCUGUUGGCUGCGAGCCUCAGUGUAACACCUGUCCCAGUGCACCAAAUGGCACGCCCUGUCUCACGCCCCUCGGCUUCCGGGGUUUCUCCGGCAGCACCAAGACGGGCAAAGAGAUAUGUGAAGUGCUGACCAAAUUCUUCGCCCAUCGUCAUCUUUCAUCACUGCUCAGCCUCUGUCCCAGACCGCCGGCCACCCUGGCUGAGCACAUAGGCUUCGCCCUGUCACUCGUCAACGACUGGCACGACGGCAAUAUUGCGGCUAAGAACGGCCUCCAAACGGCGCUCGAGGCAUCCGCCACUGAUCUCUCCCUUCGCCUGUAUGACCGACCCUUUGAACUGACCGCAGCACUCGCCGCCGCCUACGGCUCCGACUCCGCGAAACACGGCGGCUGCAAGCACCCGCACCUCAUGCAUCUCGCAGGCACUGACGUCUGCACCAGGCACCAAGCUUCGCCCUUCCUUCAAUCUCUCUGCCACGACGUCUACAACCAUCUCGCCCACCGACACUCAGGCCUCUACCUCUCAUGGGCCGUCUACCUCCCGUGGAAUUUCUAUGAUCUGUUGCUGUGCUGCAGCAUCUGCCGCGAUCUAGCCGAUAUGGCUGUGAUCAUGAAGAAGGCCCCUGUGACCAGGGCAGCCACGGAGUCCUUAAUCCGGGGUCACCUGCCUCCGGCUGCCGCUGCCCCUCCAUCGUCGCCUGCAGGGGCGUCAUGCCUACGCUGUACCAGUACGUGGAUUGAGGCUGCGGACGCCGCCGUUAACGCGGCUAAGGAGAAGGCGGAAGAUGUACACAGGAGGUUGGAUCAUAAUAAAAAAGACCAACAUGGUGGGACAACGAUUGGCCAAAAUAUAGAGAACAUUAAGCAAGCUAAAGACAAAGUUAAGCAAGUUGAUGGUCAGUUGAAACGUAUUCACAGUGAUUUAGGUAACUGGAAAAAUGCGGCAAGUGACGUCCUUGACUCAGCGGUUAAGAAGGCGACGGAAGUCCAUGGCAAGUUGGAUCCUGAUAAAAGUAAGUCGACGCUUGGUGGUAAAAUCGGAGAAAUUGAAGACGCAAAAAACAACAUUAUUAGCGCAAAUUCACAACUGAAAACACAAGUCGACAGCCUUAGUAAUUGGAUCUCCACCGCGGAGGACAUCCGCCAAAAGGCCCAGCAAAAAGCGGAAGAGGCUUACAGUAAGUUGGACGUCCACGCUGAAUUGAGCAAGAAUGUUAACAAAAUUGUUGACGCCAAUAAGAGAAUUAAGGGAGUUAAUCAAAGUCUGAAUACUGUCCAUGGCAAUUUGGACAAGUGGAAUGAGCAGGCCAAGAGAGUGCUCCAAGGAGCGAUUGGAAAGGCUCAAGAUGUUUAUGAUGCGUUGGAAGAUAAGAGUAAGCCACUUGGUGAAAAUAUUGACAAAAUUGACAGUGCGAGAAGCCAAAUAAAAAUUGCAAAUGAUAGUCUCGGCGAGAAUGUUAAGAGUCUGGAGCAUUGGAAGACUGCGGCUGAGAAAAUCGUCCAAGCUGGGCAAAAGAAGUGUGAGGAGAUACUUAAGAGGGUGGAUGAGACGUCGAAUGAAAAUAGGCAAGUUGAAAUCAAAAAGCAAGCUGAAGCAUUGCAGAAAAAGGCUGAGAACCUUUUGAGUGCUUACGCGGCGGCCUAUCCCAAAGUUCAGCAUCUGGUAGAGGAUGUUAAAAAUGCCGUUAAAGAUUUGGAAAAAGGCAUGAAAAGCGAUUUGGUUGACUUGCAACAGAGUAUUAUUAGCAAGAUGAAGACACAUGUUGGCGGGAUGCUUGGUGAAAUUAAGAGCAGUGUGGAGAGCAUUAAGGGGAAGGCAGGAAAUAUAGCUCCAAAUAGUCAAUGGACAGAACAGGGCUCAGGCCUGGAGGGGAUUAAUACAAAAGUGCAGAAAUAUUUCAAAGCGUUCAGUGAGAAGUGGCCGUUUGACCGUAUAGUCGGCGGUUGGAUCGAUGACAUUCUGCAGCACAACGGUGUGGUUAAAAGGCUGCUUGGCUGGAAGAGUAGGCCGGCGGAGGAGCUUAAGAAGGAGCUGGAGAACAGUGGUAUCGGAGGCUCAAUUAAGUCUCCGCUUGAAAAGGAAAUUAACGCAGCGGUUGAAGUUUUCACCAGUGGACAAUCCACUGCUACCGACAGCAUUAAAGACAAAAUCACACAGGUCAAAAGGGCAUGCGAACUGUUUGCCAAGCGGCUUGAUGAGAAACUGAAGGAGGAAUUUCAAAGUGGCGUCAUUGCGUUGGCCGUGAAGGCUAAGGAGGCGAUGAAGAAUGUUGACGAUAAGGAACCGAGCAAACAAAGUCACUUAAAAAGUAUCAUAGCAAAAGCAAACUGCACAUGUUAUUGCGGAAAGUGCAGCAGCGGCGGCAGAGGUAUCGAUAAGUGUCUAGAGUGCACAGACCCAAAAUGCAUCCUCACGCAGGCCGUCGCCACCACACUGCUUGCCGUGUCCUCGGUGGGCCGGCAGGUGAGCAAGGAGCUUCACUCAGUGUUCCUCAGUCCCGAAAAUGGAAACAUCGCAUCCUUCCUGGACAAAGCCAAGGAGGUUACUGAUGAGCUUCACGAGAAUCUCGGAGCGGCGCAAGCCGCGACUAAACCAGGCCCACAACCUCCCACCUCCAGCAGCCGGGACAACAAUGAAAUUCUGAAGAAAGUAAACGAGAUUGAAAGGAAGGUUUAA